CUGGAUUGUCAGAUCUCUGUCAGAAAGCCAGCAGAGGCUUUGGAUUCACAGCUUCUGCCUUUAUUGAAAUUCAUUGUGUUGCACGAUGUGGCUUCUGGUCUUUAUCUGCACGUUGACAGUUGUUGGUGGUGUCCCUGUACAGCCGAGCCAGGAGGCCACCAGUCACGCCCCAGAUAAUGUUACUGUCACUGCUAUGCAUGGUGUGCCGAAGCCAGCAAAAACACAAGCUGGUGUCGUCCCGUUAAAUGACACCCACAAUGUGACUAGUCCUGCCCCAGGUGUAGUUGUUCCCAUGCUUAAACCACAGCAAGCCAGCGCAGAAACCUUGGAAGAGCUACAAGAGGAAUUGGUUGUCCAAGAGGGAGACAUGCUGAUUCAGGAGGACAGGAACGCCGUAAUGACCCUGUGGGCAGAAGCCACCGUGCCUUACAUCAUCAGUUAUGAGCUGGCUGAUCAAGAGUUUAACAUCCUCACCGCCUUCAGGAUGAUAUCAGAUUUUACCUGCAUUCGCUUCAUACCACGCACCACGGAGCUGAACUACCUGGAGUUCAAGAAUGGCAAAGGCUGUGCAUCCUUUGUUGGUUGCCGAGGAGGAGCCCAGGCGGUGUAUUACGCCCGCUCGUGCAGCGUGGGGAACCUUUGCCAUGAGAUCGUUCAUGCUCUGGGGCUGCAUCAUGAACACACCCGCAAGGACCGGGAUCAAUAUAUCAAUGUGCAGUGGCAGAGCAUCAUCCCUGGCAGAGAAAAGAACUUCAAGAUGAGAAGUGGAAACACUCUGAACCUGCCGUAUGACCUCGAGUCCAUAAUGCACUACGGAGAGUAUUUUUUCAGUCUAGAUGGAAGUCCAACGAUGUUGUCAAAGUACAGCGGAGUGCAGAUGGGUCAGAGAACACAUCUCAGCCACCUGGAUAUACAGAGACUGAACAAACUCUACCACUGCGACGAGCGGAUGAAAUCGAUGUAUGGAUGAAAUCAGUGAGCGGGCUCCCUCUUGGUUAACCUGCAUUUGCUGUGAUAUUUAAUAAAAUCAUAAAACCCUU